GUGGACAGGAUACCGGGAGGCUGUGUAUAUUUGCGCGCGGGAGAGUGACUACCGGUGCGCUCUGUUACUAACGCUUCACGAUUCCCAAGAGCCAGCCAAGCGCGUCCAUUCGAACCAGCUCAAUGCAAGCCGUGCGGGUGUGAGCCUCCCCGUCUAGCCAUAGACGAGUGGAGCCCCUCCCCUAUCUGCGAACAUGAACUCCUCCUACGCCACCCUGAACCCGCCCUUCUGGACCCUCUACACCAAUCACAGCUCUCACUACGACGACGGUUACUAUGGCAACACGACUGAGGCCCCGCCCUCCAUCCACAAGCCAAAGGCCUGUGAGCAGCUCAACAUCGCUGUGGAGGUGUUCCUGAUUCUGGGCAUCAUCAGUCUGCUGGAGAACAUUCUGGUGAUCGCUGCCAUCGUAAAGAACAAGAACCUGCACUCUCCCAUGUACUUCUUUGUGUGCAGUCUGGCCGUGGCAGACAUGCUGGUCAGUGUGUCCAACGCUUGGGAAACCAUCAUCAUUUACCUCCUCAACAACAAACGCCUAGUCGUGGACGACCACUUCAUCCGCCAGAUGGACAACGUGUUUGACUCCAUGAUCUGCAUCUCCGUGGUGGCGUCCAUGUGCAGCCUGCUGGCCAUCGCCGUGGACCGCUACGUCACCAUCUUCUACGCGCUGCGCUACCACAACAUCAUGACCCUGCGCCGCGCCACCGCCAUCAUCGCCGCCAUCUGGACCUUCUGCACCGGCUGCGGCAUCGUGUUCAUCGUCUAUUCCGACUCCACGCCCGUCAUCGUGUGCCUGGUGUCCAUGUUCUUCGCCAUGCUGGUGCUCAUGGCCUCGCUCUACAGCCACAUGUUCAUGUUGGCGCGCUCGCACGUCAAGCGCAUCGCCGCGCUGCCCGGCUACAACUCCAUCCACCAGCGGACGAGCAUGAAAGGGGCCAUCACACUCACCAUCCUCCUGGGGAUCUUCAUCGUGUGCUGGGCGCCCUUCUUCCUGCACCUCAUCCUGAUGAUCUCCUGCCCGCGAAACCUCUACUGCGUCUGCUUCAUGUCCCACUUCAACAUGUACCUGAUCCUGAUCAUGUGCAAUUCCGUCAUCGACCCCCUGAUCUACGCCUUCAGGAGCCAGGAGAUGAGGAAGACCUUCAGGGAGAUCAUCUGCUGCUACAGCCUCAGGAACGUCUGCAGCAACCUGGGACUCACCAGGAACAUCAGCGGAUGA